AAUAAAAAUGGCCGGAACCGCAUGCCGGAAUGUUUAUCGUGUGCGCGGGGACGCGGGAAUGCCGACUAAAAAACCUUCAGGGCCGUACCUUUUUUUGCGGUUUUGUCCACUCUGACCGCUUUGGCUCAAAUACAACUCAACCUGGUUUUGCUUGCACGUGUAUUUGACUCCUGCACGAUGUCCCGACAACGCUAGACGGAAAGCCAUUAUGAACCACGCCGAAUUCGUGAGACAAAAGCUUUCCCGCGAGCACAUCCAAGUCAGCGAUUCGUGGCUCCAAGCUUGCAUAUCUCACGUGCGAAGUGAGAACAGCACACGAAGCCUGAGCAGCGACGAGAUGUACAGGCAGGUUUACCACCAGCUUCUUUUUACCGACCUAAACGACAUGGGUACGUCAUGCCUGCCCGCCAGCGCUCUGACGGCCCACCGACUAAUUCUCAAGUCGUCUUACUUUGUGCAAGUUGACUCGAUCCGAGACGUCAGUCAGCCCGCGUACUCACAGCUCCUCAAACUCACGGGCGGCGAGAACGAAAAUACGGCCGUGCAAGCGGAGCCCAGGGAAGCACCGGCGCCGUGGGAGGCGAAGACCACGCGAAUGCUGAAACUGGAGGUCAGCGACGGCACGCACAGAAUCCAAGCUUUUGAGUUUGAGGUCGUAGCCUCUCUAACCUCGAGUCUGCCUCCUGGCGCCAAGAUAAUUAUCACAGGACCGCUUGAGUGCAGGCGGGGUGUCGUAUUCCUCAAGUCCAACAGCGUCCGAGUUCUUGGCGGGGUGGUAGAAGCCCUCAAAGCUGGGAACUGCCAGAAGGCAGUUCUUAGCAGGGCCAUCAACAGACCGGUGCCGGAUACGCAGGAAGUCACAAGACCAAACAGCAAUAACAACAACAGAGAAGUUAGGGUCGGUCGGGAAGCUCAUAGUGAUCGAACAGCUACAAGUAGCGCGAGUCUAGAAGACAGUGCUUCGAAUGCUUCGAACCGUAGCCCGCAGCGCCCGGCAGAGGCCUCUCGCUGGAAUCCUGGAAGUACUGCUUCGACGGUACCGAUGUCCAGUAGCAGAUCAACCAGCAACUACAGCAACAGAAACACAGUUCCUGUCGAUACCAGCGAAGCAAUGGAUGCCGCCGACGACAUCCUUCUGAGCCAAGUGAACUUAGAAGACAUCGAGACGUUGCCCGAUGCAGAGCCGCUCCUCGAAGACGCAUUUGAAGACGACGUUGACGAAGAUAUUUUACGCGAACAGCUAGACUUCCAAGCCAACAUCGAGUCAGUUGUGCCACCUGGGGAAUCCAGGCAUGAAGGAGAUUCUGAUGGGCGUGCGGCUAGUCAUAGUCCAACCGAAACCGUCGUACCCUUCACCAAGUUAAGCUUCGUGCUGAAGGACGGCAAACCUCCGGAGACACCCGAAGUGGUGGUCAUCAAGGGGUACAUCGCAACGCCCACGAGCAAACUGAGGCAGUCUCCGGAAGAGACGUGGUGUCUCUCCGUGAUCGUCAGCGACGACACGGCGAAUCUAGAGGUGGACAUCGACGAACGUUUGCUGACAAAGUGGUUGGACAUCACGGUGCCGGAGGUCAAGCGCCGGAAGAGGCUGUCGUCGAAUUUCAAGCAAACCUUCAACGAUAGAGUGGCGCAGUGUCAGGAGAAGAUGAGCCGGCUGAAUGGGCUCCUCAGCAUCAGCUUUUCGGGGAAAACGGGCGAGCUGCCCGUGCUUACGGACUACGACGACUGGGACGGGUGACCUGUACGCGCCGGAGCUGGGCGCGUGUGGAUGACAACGUAGUGGAAACGACGACUAGCGGUGCUUUUUUGGUGCCGUCGUAAAGUUCUGUUUUAUCAUGUUCGGUACACUUUUGACGAACAUUAAAGGUCGUAGAAUCGCUCAAAUUUACAGCAACUGUCGUUUUCGCAGCAACCCCCUUUUUUUCUUUUUUUUUUUUUUUACGGGAAACAUCAAAAUUAAAAAAAAAAGUUUUCUUUUUUUUUUUUACACUUUCAAGAUUUACAAUUAUUUAAUUAAAAAAAAUUAACACUUCUUUUUUCAAAUACGUUUGGACCUUCAUAAUUUUAUCAGAUAUUACAUAAUCAUUAUGAACCAAAAUCACGAAAAGUAAUUCUUAAUUUAACUAUGCAUUCAAACACAAGUCAAUUAAAAAAAAAUCACUUAAUUCUGGAUUUUAAACACCCUGUGCACACUAAUCCUGGUGUGAAAUAUAUAUUGCAUCAGGGUAUGUGAUCAGCAGCAAGGUCACUACAAUGGCGGCUGAUGUGACCUCGAUUUUUGUAUUUAGCUCGGAUACCGCUUAGAAGGCAUCCCUGACAUUUAUGACCAACAAAACGCUUUCGUGUUUCUCCUCGCGCAAUAAACGUCACAAAAGAAAUUAAAGAAAAACGAGCAGCG